AUGACUUUGGAAAAAUAUAAAGAUGAUAAACUCGAGGAAGAAACCUUCUAUUUCGACGAUGUCAGCGAAAAAGACAGUCUACAGCUGAUAUUACGAAACCUUGUGGAUUUUGUCACCAGUCGUCAGCGAUCGCUAGCUGAUGAAUUCAAGAAGCAAAUAAAGCAUGGAGUAGUGAGAGACGUAGAGUUGUGCAUAGUGACUCCGAGAGUUGAAGGUGACAAACUCACAGCAUUCAGGUGUGUCCUUUUAUGA